UGGUGGAAAGUGUGGAGCGGUGAAAGAGAACCAAUGAGGUGAACGGGUGGCUAUCCGACUCCGCCUCUCUCCAGAGCCGCUCAAAACCUGGAGCCCGUUCGAAGAGCGCAGAAGUCGUCGGAUGUUCGCCGAGAGAGAGUAAAAGCGUUCAGUGCCGAUUUCGUCCUGUUGGGAUAUACCGCGAGUGCAUGAUGUGAACUCGGUUAUUGAUGGAAAACUCGUCAGAUAAAAUGGAAGCGGAAGACGGACAACUUGCCGCUCAAUACGUACAGGAAUUCGUUCUAGACCAUUUAGAGGACGUUUCCGUGAAGAAGGAAGGAGGUAUGGAAAGAUUGCCCUCAAUGUUAUCGUGCGGAGGAGGCGUGGUGCAGAUGAGCUCGCCGCAGCCUCAUCACCACCUGCUUACACCUCCGGGACACCAAUCUGAGGAUUACAAUGUCGUGACCAUGUCGUCGCAGCAUCAGCCGAUGAUGAUGCAGCACAGUAUUUACCCUGACACACCGGGGACUCCUCCGGACACCCCGCCGGAGAGCACCUCGCCCCAUUCGCCGCCCAACCGACAGUACCACCUGGAACAGUCGCAACUCCUGCUGCCGCAGAGGCCUCCCCAGGGUGUGGUAGACGAAAUGGGAUGGAUAAUGGCCAACGGGGGUCCUCUGAGGCAGGAACCUCUCGAUCUGAGGCCCAACUGCGGGGGAGACCCCCUCGCCGAGGACUGGGUUCAACUCCAACACGGUCCGGUCAUAAACCCGGGCAAGAGGAUAUUAGAAUACCACCACCAACACCACCAUCACCAUCACCAUCCAGACGACGAUCUGGAAAUGAGCCCUUCGACCCCCAUGCAGAAUUCUAUGCAGAUGCAGAUGCAGAUGUCAGUGCCGAUGAAAGGGAGUGAUGGUAGAAGUUCCGCCGAGGAUAUAAUCAGCGACGAACUGCUCAUGUGCCUUACCGUCAGGGAGCUCAACAAACGACUACAAGGCUUUCCCAGAGAAGAAGUCGUAAGGUUGAAGCAGAAGAGGCGCACGCUGAAAAACCGCGGCUACGCCCAGAAUUGCAGGAGCAAACGCUUGCACCAGAGACACGAAUUGGAAAUGACUAACAGAAGCCUGCAGAACGAACUGCACAGGAUAAAACAAGACCAUUCGAGAAUCUCUCAAGAGCGCGACAUGUACAAAUUGAGAUGCGAGGCGCUGAUGAAGAGGCUGGAAGGUCGCGAAAACAUCCCCUGCAGUCCAGCGUCCACCACCUACAUGUGACGCAGGUGAGAAGAACCAAAACUCCGUUUGUGAUAUGUAAAAUGAGACGGUGAACUAACUUGUGUUUACUCAAAAUUCAAAUAAGUUUUCCUUUAGAUUAAACAGGACAAAACUGAAGUUUCGAAAAGCUGUAGAAAGUUGUUUAAACACAUUGUAGUUCUUUCGUGUAUAUACUAUUUACCGUUAAUGUACUUUAUAUUUUCUUCUUUCAUUGUCUAUGUUAAAGACAGAAGCCAUUCCAACGAUCUAUGGAAUAUAAAAUUUCUUGUACAUUUUUUUGAUGAAAUUGAGAGGCAAAAUAUUUUAUUACUUAAUUACAAUAUCAAUGUUAAUAAUUAUAGAUAACAAUCGAAAAUUAAGGUGUUAUUCUUAAUAAUCAUAUCAUAGAUUGUAAAAAGUACAGCAACUUCCGAGAGAAAGGGGGGAAAGGUUUAUAAGUACAAAAGAAUAUAUAAUUUAUGGUAUGGAGAAGUGAUUGUACAAAGUUCAUGUUAUUUUUAUCUUUGAAAUUUUUUAUUUGUUUAAUUUUUAUGUUUAAAAAAUAUUUGUAAGAUAUUGUUUCAUUUUUAUAUGUACAAUACGAUUUAUAAAAUGGAAAAUGUUAUUGUAUUCUAUCGAGGAUCUGAUUUCUUAUCACAGGCGAGAAAAUAAUUUUAAUAUUUUUAUUUUCAUAUUAUUGCGGGCUUUCAGUGAUUAUUUUCAAUAGUUCCCUCGCCGCUUGGUUAUUUUUGUUUGUACUUAAAAAAGGUUUCGUUUCUGUUUGAAACGGCUCCUCGAUAUGGAUUUAUUACUAUUUUUAUGUUUUUUCGUAUAAUGACUGAUGCUACGGGAUGUUUAUUUUUUAAAAUAAAAUAUAAAAAAAGAUGUAUUUAUCUUUCUUAGUUAAGCUUAAAAACAAGGUUUUUGUUCAAAUUGUGCCAAGUAGUCUAAA